GAGUCGGGGGGAGAGCCGCACUGUUCUGCGCACUGGUUCCGCUGGACAUCACCGAAUAACGGCGCUCGUCAACCGGGCGGUGGUGGAGGGGGAGACUGGACCCGGACCAGGACCAGGAGAAGCACCGUGGCUACUUAUAGCCCGCUCUCCGGAAACAUGUCGGAGUUUUUCCUCCUCGCCUUUCUAGCCAUUUUCUCGGGAUUAUAUCCAUGCGCCGAGCCCUCCAAGGUGUCGGACGAGGAGAAAGAAACCAUCUUGUGCGACGUUGGCGAGUUUCACUGUCACAACCAGAAAACCUGCAUCCCCGAGGCCUGGCUCUGUGAUGGGGAGCCCGACUGCCCCGACGACUCAGAUGAAAGUCAUAACGUUUGUGCACAGGACUUGGUGAUCAGAUGUCCCCUUAAUCACAUACAGUGUAUUGGGACGAAAAAAUGUAUUCAUUUCAACAAGCUCUGCAAUGGGGCGAAAGACUGUGAGGACGGCUAUGAUGAAGGAGUUCACUGUCGAGAGCUCCUGUCAGCCUGCCACGAGCUCCGGUGCCGCUAUGGCUGUGUCAUGACAAGAAACGGCACCUUCUGUUUCUGCGCCGACGGCUUCGAGGUCGGCGAGGACGGAACGAGCUGCAGAGAUCAUGAUGAAUGCGCCAUGUACGGUGCAUGCAGCCAAACCUGCACGAACACCUACGGGUCAUACAGAUGCAGCUGCACAGAGGGAUACAUCCUGCAGCCUGACAGGAUAUCUUGCAAAGCCAAACAAGAUCCAAGUGACACCCAUCCGAUACUUCUCAUUGGUGGCCCAGAUCGGAUUGUCAUCACCCACCUAAAUGGGACAGGCCUUCAGCCCCUGAGGUCUCCAAGUGUAAAUGGAACACUGGCAUUAGAUUUCCAGCACAGCCAGGAAAGUGUAUGCUGGGCCCUUUCCACAGAGUCCUCUGGGCAACUCCGCUGCGCUGUAACACGAAAUCUGCGUGGAUUCACACGGGAGCAAGAAAUAAGAACACAACAAAGUUUGCAACACGUGGAGCAGAUGGCCAUUGACUGGCUAACAGGAAACUUCUAUUUUGUUGAUCGUGUCACCGAUAAGAUCUUUGUCUGCAACCGUGGUGGAGACACAUGUGUUACUAUCCUUCAGCUGGACCUACACAAUCCUAAAGGAAUAGCUCUGGAUCCUCUCAUGGGGAUGCUGUUCUUCACUGACUACGGGAAUGUGGCCAAGGUCGAGCGCUGUAACAUGGACGGCACCAACCGGACCCGGCUGGUAGAUUAUGUAAUCGAGCAGCCAACUGCUGUGGCUCUGGAUGUGGUCAAGAAGCUGGUGUAUUGGGUGGAUGCCUACCUGGAAUACAUUGAUGUGGUGGAUUACAACGGCAGGAACAGGCACAACAUCAUCCAUGGGAGCCAAGUGUCGUACAUAUAUGCAUUAGCUGUGUUUGAGGACUACCUCUAUGCUAUCCACUCUGACCUUUCCAAAGGGAGUUCCACUGUAAAACUGCUGCAGGUGCACAGGUUCAACAUCACAGCAGACAGCAGGACACUUGCCAGCCUGGGGAAUGCUAGAGCUCUGCGUGUUUACCACAAACUCACUCAGCCAAAAGUCAGGAGUCAUGCAUGUGAACUGGAUUCAUAUAGAAAACCAGGAGGGUGUUCCCACAUUUGUCUUCUAAGCGGAAGUUACAAGUCAAGAACCUGCCGCUGUCGUACUGGCUACAGCCUGGGCUUUGAUGGAAAAUCCUGUAAAAAGCCCAAAAACGAUUUCUUCCUGUUCUAUGGUAAGGGACGUCCUGGAGUCAUCCGAGGGCUGGAUAUGAACAUCAAGUCCAGCGAUGAGCACAUGGUCCCAAUCGAGGAUCUGGUCAACCCUCGAGCCAUUGAUUACCAUGCAGAAAUGGGAUAUAUUUACUUUGCUGACACCACCAGUUUCCUUAUUGGACGUCAAAAAAUAGAUGGAAAUGGUCGAGAGACGAUUCUCAGCGAUGAACUUGACAAUGUUGAGGGAAUUUCAGUGGACUGGAUUGGGAAAAACUUAUAUUGGACCAAUGAUGGGUACAGGAAGACAAUCAGUGUUGCCAGGUUGGAGAGAGCCUCCCAAACCAGGAAGACUCUGCUGGAAGGGAAUAUGUCACACCCCCGGGCCAUCGUGGUUGAUCCUCUCAACAGCUGGAUGUACUGGACAGACUGGGAGGAAGAUGAAGUCAAUGACAGCAUAGGACGGAUAGAAAAAGCCUGGAUGGAUGGAUCUAAUCGUCGCAUUUUUGUCACUUCCAACAUGCUGUGGCCCAACGGUCUGACCCUGGACCACAGUACCAGCACUAUGUACUGGUGUGAUGCCUACUACGAUCACAUUGAGAAGAUUCAUCUUAACGGAACAGGAAGAAUGGUGGUGUACAGAGGAAAAGAGCUGAACCAUCCCUUCGGAAUCUCUCAUUAUCAUAAUUUCAUCUUUUGGACGGAGUACAUGAAUGCUUCAGUAUUCCAGCUGGACUUAUCUACGAGCGAUGUCACCCUGCUACGGAGCGAGAGACCACCCCUAUUUGGCCUGCGUGUCUUUGAUGCGCAGAGUCAGCAAGGUGACAAUGCAUGUAGCGUGAAUUAUGGAGGCUGUGGAACCCUCUGCCUUGCCAUCCCAGGAGGCAGAGUCUGUGCCUGCGCUGACAACCAGGUUUUGGAGAAGAACAAUGUCACCUGCACAGAAGCUUCCACCAGCAGUUUAGAGCCACCGCGCUGCAGAAGUGAUGAGUUCCAUUGCCAUAAUCAUCGCUGCAUACGGGCCUUGUGGAAGUGUGACGGAGACGAUGAUUGCCUGGAUGGAAGCGAUGAGGAGAGCCACAGCUGCUACAAUCACACCUGUCCUGCCGACCAGUUCAAAUGUAGCAACAAUCGCUGCAUUCCCAAAAGAUGGCUUUGCGAUGGGACAAAUGAUUGUGGCAACAACGAGGACGAGGCCAACACCACAUGCUCCGCUCGGCCCUGCCAAGCGGACCAGUUCUCCUGUCAGAACGGACGCUGCAUUCCUCAAGGCUGGCGUUGUGACCGCGGGGAUGACUGCGGGGAUAUGUCGGAUGAAAUAUCAUGCACCUUCCCCACCUGUGAGCCCCUCACCCAGUUCAGCUGCUCCAACGGCCGAUGCAUCAGUGUCAAGUGGCACUGUGAUUCAGAUGAUGACUGUGGCGACAGCAGUGAUGAAGUGGACUGCAUCCAGACCUGUUCUAAUAGUCAGUUCCAGUGUACCAGUGGACGCUGUAUCCCGGCCCACUGGGCUUGUGAUGGCGACAACGACUGUGGCGACUUCAGUGACGAGAACACAACCUGCAGAGUGCUGCCAUCUGUGAUUGAAUGCAGCGAGGAGGAAUUCCACUGCAUCGCCGACGGAACCUGCAUCCCAGAGCGGUGGAGAUGUGAUGGGGACAAGGACUGCGAGGACGGGAGUGAUGAGAAGGACUGUGAGGGCACCAAAAGGAUGUGUGACCCCAAGGCCAAGUUUACCUGCAAAGACACAGGCAAGUGUAUCACAAAGAGCUGGGUGUGUGAUGGAGACAUUGACUGUGAGGACCGAUCGGACGAAGAGUUGUGUGAGUCUUCUGUCUGCAAGCCCCCGAAGUACCACUGCGCCAACGACACCUCUGUCUGCCUCACUCCUGACAAGAUCUGCAAUGGCAAAGUAGACUGUGCAGACCGAUCGGAUGAAGGACCCAUCUGUGACAUGUGUCUUGUAGCCAGAGGGGGCUGUAGUCACCAGUGCACUGUGGCACCCGGGAAAGGAGUUGUGUGUUCUUGUCCCCCUGGGCUUCACCUGGACUCAAGCAACAAGACAUGUGAGGUGGUGGACUAUUGCAGCCGUCACCUGAAGUGCAGCCAGGUGUGCGAGCAGUACAAGACCACAGUGAAAUGCUCAUGUUAUCCCGGAUGGACACUUGACUCGGAUGGAGACAGCUGUCACAGCACCGAUCCUUUUGAGGCUUUCAUCAUUUUCUCAAUCCGGCACGAGAUAAGGCGAAUAGACCUUCACAAGCGAGACUACAGCCUGCUGGUGCCAGGACUCAGAAACACUAUCGCAUUGGACUUCCACUUCAACUACAGCCUCCUUUACUGGACGGAUGUGGUGGAAGAUAAGAUCUACAGAGGACGGCUUUCUGAGUCUGGUGGGGUGACUGGAAUUGAGGUGGUUGUGCAGCACGGCCUGGCCACCCCAGAGGGUCUGGCUGUGGACUGGAUUACUGGGAAACUGUACUGGAUUGACAGCAAUUUGGACCAGAUUGAGGUAGCCAAGCUUAACGGAGAUAUGCGCACUACACUGAUUGCAGGAGGCAUGGAACAUCCACGGGCCAUCGCUCUUGACCCAGGACAGGGGAUAUUCUUUUGGACUGACUGGGAUGCUACUUUCCCAAGAAUUGAGGCUGCAUCUAUGAGCGGAGGCGGCAGACACAUUGUGUUUAAGGAUAUGGAGAUUGGGGCCUGGCCUAAUGGGCUGACACUGGAUCAUCUGGAAAAGAGGAUUGUUUGGACAGAUGCACGGUCAGAUGCCAUUUUCUCUGCACUCUAUGAUGGUAGCGGGGUCAUUGAGAUCCUCAAAGGCCAUGAAUUCCUGUCCCAUCCCUUUGCUGUGUCUCUCUUUGGAGGCAAUGUCUACUGGACGGACUGGAGGACAAACACAUUGGCAAGAGCCAAUAAGUGGACAGGGCAAAAUGUCACAGUCAUCCAGAAGACAAGCGCUCAACCUUUUGACUUGCAGAUCUUCCAUCCCAGCAGGCAACCACAAGCCUCUAACCCAUGUGAAGAGAAUGAUGGACGUGGUCCGUGUUCGCAUCUGUGUCUCAUCAAUUACAACCGCACUGCAUCCUGCACCUGUCCACACCUCAUGAAGCUUUCGGCCAACAAACAAUCCUGCUUUGCACUGAAAAGGUUCCUCCUAUAUGUGCGGCGGUCUGAAAUCCGUGGUGUGGACAUUGACAACCCUUACAUGAACGUCAUGACGGCUCUGACAGUGCCAGACAUCGAUGACGUCACUGUGGUGGAUUAUGAUGCUCAGGAAGAGCGGAUCUACUGGGCUGAUAUCAAAACUCAAACCAUCAAAAGGGCAUUCAUCAAUGGCACCCAGCUUGAGACAAUCAUUUCUUCAGACAUAGUGAACUGUCGGGGUCUGGCUUUAGACUGGCUUUCCAAGAACUUAUACUGGCUCAGCUCUGAAAAUGACGAGUCACAAAUCAAUGUAGCUCGCUUCGAUGGGUCCCUGAAGACGUCCAUCAUCCACGGCAUUGAUAAGCCAAGGUGCCUUGUAGUGCACCCUGCCAAGGGGAAAAUCUAUUGGACAGAUGGCAACACCAUUAACAUGGCCAACAUGGAUGGAAGUAACAGCAAAGUCCUCCACCAGAAUCAAAGGGAUCCUGUAGGUGUCACAAUAGACUACACUGCCAACAAGCUUUACUGGAUAAGCUCGACCAAUAGCACAAUCAACAGGUGCAAUCUGGAUGGCAGUGGACUUGAAGUACUGGAAACUCUAAAGAGGGUGUUAGCCAAAGGCACUGCUAUGGCCGUGAUGGGUGGCAAACUCUGGUGGGCUGAUGAUGACCUGGCACAGCUGGGAACCGUCACCAAGAGAGAUGGACGGAAUUUCGUGGUUCUGAGAAACAAAACUAAUGGGGUGGUUCAUAUGAAAGUAUACGACAGGGAGGGUCAGAAAGGAAGAAACCUGUGCCAGGUAAACAAUGGAGGAUGCUCACAACUCUGUUUUCCCACCUCGGAGAGCACCCGUAGCUGCUCCUGCACCGUUGGGUAUAACUUACGAAGCGAUCGCACAUCUUGUGAGGGUGUUGACUCAUUCCUGAUGUAUUCCAUUCACGAGGGAAUCCGGGGAAUUGCUCUUGAUCCAAAUGACAACAGUGAAGCCCUCAUGCCCAUCACGGGAACCCUGUUUGCUGUGGGAGUUGACUUUCAUGCAGGAAAUGACACAGUGUACUGGACAGACAUGGGGCUGAACAAAAUAUCCCGUGCUAAACGCGAUCAGACCUGGAGGGAAGACAUCAUUACUACCGGCAUCAGUCGAGUGGAAGGCAUCGCUGUCGACUGGAUCGCUGGGAACCUGUAUUGGACAGACCAUGGUUUUAAUCUGAUAGAAAUCUCCCGUCUGAAUGGUGCAUAUCGCUCAGUGGUCAUAUCUGAAGGACUCGAUCAGCCCAGAGCCAUCGCUGUACAUCCACAGAAGGGGUAUCUCUUCUGGACUGAGUGGGGCCAGAACCCCUGCAUUGGCCGCUCUCGCUUGGAUGGAUCAGACCAAGUUACCCUUGUUAACUCGGGCAUCAUGUGGCCUAAUGGAAUUUCCAUAGAUUAUGAGGAAAAUGCAUUAUAUUGGUGCGACGCUCGCACAGAUAAGAUCGAAAGGAUCAACCUUGAAACAGGUGAGAGCCGGGAGAUUGUACUGUCAGCGGCCAACGUAGACUUGUUCUCAGUAGCUGUGUUUGGGCCUUACAUCUACUGGUCUGACAGGGCCCACUCCAAUGGUUCAAUCCGACGAGGUUUUAAAACUGACACCAGUGAGGCUGUAACCAUGAGGAGUGGCUUAGGGGUUAAUUUAAAGGAUGUGACUGUCUUCAAUAGAGGCAGAGAAAAAGGUACCAACCCCUGUGCCAGGAGUAACGGAGGCUGCCAGCAGCUGUGCUUUCACCUGGGCAGCGGUCGCCGGACCUGCUCCUGCGCCCACGGCCGCUUGGCAGAUGACGGCUUUGCUUGCGAGCGCUACGAAGGUUAUCUUCUCUACUCUGAAAGGACUAUACUGAAAAGCAUCCACCUCUCAGAUGAGAGCGACCUUAACUCACCCGUCCAGCCUUUUGAAAACCCUGCUUUUUUCAAGAAUGUCAUAGCGCUGGCCUUUGACUACAGUCAGAACACAGCUGGGACCAAUCGCAUCUUUUUUAGUGAUGUCCAUUUUGGAAAUAUCCAGAUUAUUAAUGAUGACUGGACAGGAAGAUCUGUUAUUGCAGAAAAUGUGGGUUCAGUGGAGGGAUUGGCUUACCACCGGGCUUGGGACACCUUGUACUGGACUAGUUCCACCACAUCUACUAUCACCAGACAAACUGUGGACCAGAAACGAGUCAGUGCCUUUCCCAGGCAGGCUGUGGUCACUCUUUCAGAAGAAGACCACCCACAUGUUCUGGCCCUGGAUGAGUGUCAAAACCUGAUGUUUUGGACAAAUUGGAAUGAGCAGAGGCCGUGCAUCAUGAGGUCCACCUUAGCUGGCAAGAACAUGAAGAUUGUCAUCAGUUCUGACAUCUUGACGCCCAAUGGACUGACAAUUGAUCACAAAGCAGAGAAGCUCUACUUUUCAGACGGAACCCUGGGAAAGAUUGAGCGAUGUGACUACGACGGUUCCAGCAGAUAUAUCAUAGUAAAAUCAGGACCUGGAAACUUCUAUGGACUUGCCAUCUAUGCAGAUUUCAUCUACUGGUCAGAUUGGACCCGCAGAGCUGUGCUACGAUCAAACAAGUACACAGGUGGUGACACUAAGGUGCUUCGGGCAGAUAUACCCCAUCAGCCAAUGGGAAUUAUAGCUGUUGCCAAGGACACCAAUAACUGUGAGCUGUCCCCCUGUCGACACAUGAACGGAGGCUGCGGUGACCUCUGCCUCUUGACCCCGCAUGGGAGGGUCAACUGCUCUUGCCGUGGAGAACGUGUGCUGUUAGAUGACAACAGAUGUGUCUCAGAGAACUCCUCGUGCAACAUCUACACUGAAUUUGAGUGUGGAAACGGAGAGUGCAUAAACUACCAGCUGACCUGUGAUGGAAUAGCCCACUGCAAAGAUAAAUCAGAUGAGAAGAUGCAGUACUGUGACAACAGGAUCUGUCGGAGGGGUUUCAGAGCCUGCUACAACCAGCGAUGUUUGGCCAAUAGUCGCUUCUGUGACGGAAUCGAUGACUGUGGGGAUAACUCUGAUGAAGCUCUCUGUAGCAAUGUCACAUGUGGCUUAUCAGAAUCCUCUUGCAAGGACGGGAGCUGUGUACCUAGCUCAGCUUGGUGCAACCAGGUCAUCGACUGUACCGAUGCCUCGGAUGAAAAGAACUGCAGCCACACUGAAUGCUCUCACUUUUACAAGCUGGGGGUGAAAGAAAAAGAUUUUAUCAGCUGCAACUCCACUUCACUGUGCAUCCACCCGUCAUGGAUCUGUGAUGGUGCAAAUGAUUGCGGAGACUAUGCUGAUGAGACCAACUGCCAGGUUUCCUAUGGCCAAAAGUGUGAGGAGGGCCAUUUUGCCUGUCCAAGUGGGAACUGUAUUUCUAGUGUUUGGCUGUGUGAUGGCCAAAAAGACUGUGAAGACGGAGCAGAUGAAUUCCAGUGUGACUCAUCAUGCUUGUGGAACCAGUUCGCCUGCUCCAAGAACAAAUGCAUCGCCAAACAAUGGCUGUGUGACGGGGAGAAUGACUGCGAGGACGGUCUUGACGAGAGUGCACAGAUCUGCGGGACAGUGACUUGUGCUCCGGGGCUGUUCAGCUGCCCGGGGUCGUACGCCUGUGUUCCGAAACGCUGGCUCUGUGAUGGUGAAAGGGACUGCCCUGAUGGGAGCGAUGAACUCGCUGCAGCUGGCUGUGCACCUAACAACACAUGCGAUGACAGCUCGUUUCACUGCCGCAACAAAGCGUGCAUCCCCCAGCGAUUCGUCUGUGACCAUGAUAACGACUGCGGAGAUGGAUCUGAUGAGUCGGUGGAAUGUGUCUAUGGCUCUUGUGGAUCUGAGGAAUUUCGCUGUGGGGACGGUCGCUGUCUUCUCAGCUCUCAGUGGGAGUGUGAUGGCUACGCUGACUGUCCCGAUCACUCUGACGAACUGCCUCUGAACCUUAAAUGCCUUGCUGCAGGAAGCUUGUGCAACGGCUCCUUCUUCAUGUGCUCCAAUGGCCGCUGCAUUUCCGAGGGGAAUCUGUGUGAUGGGAAAGAUGAUUGCGGAGAUGGGUCAGAUGAGAGGAACUGCAAUGUGAAUGAAUGCUUGAACCGCAGAGUCAGUGGGUGCACACAGGAUUGUCAGGAUCUCACUGUUGGGUACAAGUGUAAAUGCUGGCCUGGUUUCCACCUGAAAGAUGAUGGGAAGACUUGUGUGGAUGUUGAUGAAUGCUCCACUACCCUUCCCUGUAGCCAGCGCUGCAUCAACACAUACGGGUCCUACAGGUGCCUUUGUGUGGAUGGUUAUGAAGCUGUGGAUCGAAACCCCAACACGUGCAAGGCUCUUUCAGCUGAAGAGCCCUUUCUUAUUAUGGCAGACCAUCACGAGAUCCGCAAACUAAGUGUUGAUGGUUCGAAUUACACCAUCUUAAAGCAAGGUCUCUACAACAUCAUCCACCUUGAUUUUGACUACAAGAAGGAGUUUAUUUAUUGGGUGGACUCAACCAGGCCAAGUGGACGAAAGAUCAACAGAAUGCGUCUCAAUGGGAGCGACCUCAAGAUAGUCCACAGGACAGCCGUGCCCAGCGCGCUAGCAGUGGAUUGGAUAGGAAAGAAUCUCUACUGGUGUGAUGCAGAAAGGAAAACACUCGAAGUGUCAAAAGCCAAUGGCCUCUACCCUACAAUCCUGAUCAGUUCUGGCCUUAAGAACCCCACAGAUUUAGCUCUGGAUCCUCAGACAGGGUAUGUGUUCUGGGUAGACUGCUGUGAACCUCCUCACAUUGGGCGGAUAGGCAUGGAUGGCCGAGGGCAAACGGUUAUCAUUGACACAGAGAUCUAUAACCCCACUGCUCUCACUAUUGAUUAUACCAACAAGAGACUCUACUGGGCCGACGACAACCACAUCCUGUUUGCCAACAUGGAUGGCACCCAAAGACGGAGAGUAUCCUAUGAUCAUAUCCAAGGAGUAAUGGCACUGACUUUGUUUGAAGACUUUGUUUAUUGGACGGACGGGAAGUCCAAAUCACUGCGACGCGCUCACAAGACCACUGGCGCUCAAGGGAUUGAGCUCCUCAACUCCUGGCAAGCCAUCAAAUCCAUUAAGGUCUACCACUCCCUGCGUCAGCCUGAAGUGCCCAAGCACCAGUGCCAGAUUGCAAAUGGUGGAUGCAGCCACUUAUGUCUUCUUUCCCCUGGUGGGGAACACAAAUGUGCCUGUCCCACAAAUUUUUACUUGGCUGCUGACAAUAAAACCUGCCUCUCCAACUGCACCUCCAGUCAGUUUCGCUGCGGUACGGAUGAGUGUAUCCCUUUCUGGUGGAAGUGUGACACCGUGGAUGACUGUGGGGACGGUUCAGAUGAGCCCCCUGAUUGCCCGGAAUUUAAAUGUCAGCCCGGCCGUUUUCAGUGUGGGACAGGCCUCUGUGCGCUUCCUCCCUUCAUCUGUGAUGGAGAGAACGACUGUGGGGACAACACAGACGAGGCUAACUGUGAGACAUACAUCUGCCUGUCUGGCCAGUUCAAGUGCACCAGGAAACAGAAAUGCAUCCCUCUGAACCUACGCUGCAACGGUCAGGAUGACUGUGGUGACGGAGAGGAUGAGACAGACUGCCCUGAAAGCACCUGCUCUCCAGACCAGUUCCAGUGUAAGGCUUCCAUGCACUGCAUCUCCAAACUGUGGGUUUGCGAUGAGGACCCUGACUGUGCAGAUGGGUCAGAUGAGGCCAACUGUGAUGAAAAGACCUGCGGACCUCAUGAAUUUCGCUGUGAGAAUAACAACUGCAUCCCAGACCACUGGAGGUGUGACAGCCAGAAUGACUGCGGAGACGGCUCAGACGAGGAGAACUGCAAGCCAGUCACCUGUAACCACAAAGACUUUGCCUGUGCAAAUGGAGAGUGCAUUUCCUCACGAUUCCGCUGUGAUGGAGACUAUGACUGCUUGGAUAAUUCAGAUGAGAAAGGCUGUGAGGCUCGCUGUGCAGAUGACCAGUUUCGCUGUCACAACAACCUCUGCAUCUCAAUGAAGUGGCUGUGUGACGGUCAAGAAGACUGCAAAAUGGGGGAGGAUGAAAAAAACUGCCAGGAAACAGUUGUUCCUUCCUGCUCUGUGAAUGAGUAUGUGUGUGCCAGCGGGGGGUGUGUGUCAGCCAGCCUGCGAUGUGAUGGACAUGACAACUGUCUAGAUGGUUCAGAUGAGAUUGGCUGUGUGAAGGAGUGCAGAGAAGAUGAGUUUCUGUGUCUGAAUCGGGCUCACUGCAUCCCUCGGCGCUGGCGCUGUGACGACGUGUUGGACUGCAUGGAUCACAGUGAUGAAGAAAACUGCAGCCAAGGAGCUUUUUUCUGCCGGGCUGAUGAAUUCGUCUGCAACAACACGCUAUGCAAACUCCACACAUGGGUGUGUGAUGGCAAGGACGAUUGUGGGGAUAACUCAGACGAAGAUGCAGACAUGUGUGCUAAACUUCCUUGCCCUCCUACGAGGCCGUUCCGCUGCAGAAAUGAUCACGUGUGUCUGCGCUCCGACCAGGUCUGCAACAAAGUGGAUGACUGCGGUGACAACUCAGAUGAAGAGGAGUGUGAGGUGGUGGCUGGAAGGCCUCGGCCCUGUGGGAAGACGGAGUUCACCUGUAGUAACCGACGCUGCAUCCCACUGCAGCUCCAGUGUGACCUCUUCAACGACUGCGGAGACGGUGGUUCAGACGAGCAGGACUGCAAGUCAUUUUCCAGCGGAGAUGUAUGUGGAAAGAAAACAAAUCCGUGUGGGGAAGAUGCGAAUUGCAAUCACACCAAUGCUAAUGCUAUCUGUCAGUGCAAACCUGGCUUCAAGAGGAGCCAAAACACAGGUCAAUGUGAAGAGGUAAAUGAGUGUCUGCAAUUUGACACAUGCCCUCAUUACUGCAUGAACACUAAAGGAUCUUUUAAAUGCACGUGUGAUCGGAAUUAUAAGGAGGUGAAUGGCAACUGUAUCGCAAGAGGGCCAGAGGAUCGAAUGCUCUACAUAGCCAAUGACACUGAGAUCCGAAGCUUUGUUCACCCCUAUAACCAGAGCCAUGGACACAAACUGCUCACUCACAUCGAGGACAAUGCCCGCAUAAUCGGAAUGGAUGUUCUGUUUCAUCACCAAAAGUUUAUCUGGGCCACACAGUUUAACCCUGGAGGAAUUUUUUACAAAGACUCUCUUGAAAGAAGCCAGACUAAAUCCAACAUCCGAAACAUCUGUUCUGAUUUCCGUCGACCCAGAGAUAUUUCUGCUGACUGGAUCACAGGCAACAUUUAUUGGACUGAUCACUCUCGGAUGCACUGGUUCAGCUAUUACACAGCCCACUGGACUAAAUUACGAUAUUCCAUAAAUGUGGGCCAACUUAAGGGACCAAAUUGCACCCGCCUGAUUACUGACAUAGCAGGAGAGCCAUAUGCCAUUGCUGUUAACCCAGCCAGAGGAUUGAUGUAUUGGACUGUUAUAGGGGAUCAUUCUCACAUAGAGGAAUCAGCCAUGGAUGGAUCAUUACGUAGAGUACUCUUGGAGAAAAAUCUUAGGAGGCCCACUGGGCUGGCAAUUGAUUACUUCAACCAACGUAUUUACUGGGCUGAUCCUGAGCUUUCGCAUAUAGGAAGCAUGAGAUUGGAUGGCUCGGACCCCCUGGUGACAAUCAGUGACAGACACGGAAUCUCGCAGCCAUACAGAAUUGAUAUAUUUGAAGACUACAUCUAUGGAACUGGACUGAAACAUGAGGUCUUCAAGAUUCAUAAGUUUGGCAAACAUUCUGUGGAAUUUCUCAAUUUGGGAGUAGAAAGAGCGACUAAUGUUUUCAUCUCCCACCGUUACAAACAACAAGAUGCAUCAAAUCCGUGCAUGAGAAUGUCUUGUGACUUCAUGUGUCUGCUCAACCCAACUGGGGCCAGAUGUACCUGCCCAGAGGGAAAAGUGCUGGUCAAUGGCACCUGUAGUGAUGUCAACACCUCAGGUGAACUGUGUCGCCCCCCCUGUGAGAAUGGAGGCCGCUGCUUAGCCAAUGAGAAAGGAGACUGGAGGUGCUACUGCUGGCCUGACUUUUCAGGGGAGCGCUGUGAGGUUAACCACUGCACAGACUACUGCCUAAAUGGAGGCACCUGUAUGGGCUCACCACUGGGAAAGCCUACAUGCCGCUGUCCCAUUGGAUUCUCAGGACCUUUUUGUGAGAAGAGGAUUUGCGACAACUACUGUUUAAAUGGGGGAACAUGCGACGUCACUCAGGGGAACCAGCCAGUGUGCCGCUGUAUGGCGGAAUAUACCGGGGACCGCUGUCUGUACCACAUCUGUCAUCACUACUGUGUGAAUUCAAAGGCCUGCACGUUAUCCAGCAGUGGCUACGUGGAGUGUGUGUGUCCCGCCAGGUUUGAGGGAAACAAGUGCGAGUUGGACAAGUGUCUUCGUUGCCACGGAGCUCCCUGCCUCAUUAACGAGGAGACAGGAGAUGUGGUUUGCAACUGCACAAAUGGAAGAAUAGCACCAAGCUGCCAGCUGUGUGAUGGAUAUUGCUAUAAUGGAGGUACCUGUCACCUGGACCCUGACACCAGCCUGCCUUUCUGUCAAUGUUUAGCCAAUUGGGCAGGAACACAGUGUGAGAGACCUGCACCUAAAAGCAGUAGAUCAGACAAUACCAGUGGAGGAAGCAUUGCUAUCAUUGUGCCUCUGGUCCUGUUGGUCAUCUUGAUUGUUAUGGUGGUGGUAGGUGUUUACAUCUGCAGACGAAGGCAAAGGGGAAAACGUGUUCAGAGGCAGCCCAUGACGAACGGAGGAAUAAACGUGGAAAUUGGCAACCCAUCAUACAACAUGUAUGAGGUGGACCAUGACAACCAUGCUGAUGCAGGAAGCCUGCUGCGCCCCAACUUCACACUGGACCCUCACAAGGGCUGGUGUGUAAAAUCCAGCGACCCUCACACCUUGGGCAUCAAUUCUGUGCCCAAGGAAGUAAUCCCUGGACAGCCCAUGAACUACUCUAACCCAGUGUAUGCAAAGAUCUAUAUCGAUGGGCAAAACUGCCGGAAGCCAGUCAUCAGUAUCGACGAGAGGAGAGAGCUACUCCCAAAGAAACUCGAGGGGACAAUUCAUGAAACCGCCGCAUAGCCUAACUUUACACUUUAUACUUCUUUUUUUACUACAGUGUAAAAUGUAUUAUAAGAAGGAGCAAACAAGAUUUUUCUAUUGCCUCUGAGGCUCUUAAGUCUUACUGGUUUAGCAUCAGCAUAAUGUCUUUGUUGGUGUGUUCAAGAGUUUUAUUUUCCAUUUACAGUUUACUUUCUAAUGUUUGUUAAAGAUAAGUUAUACAGCGCUACACUGUAUACUGUACUGAAGUAAAGCUGCUCAUUUGCAAAAACUUUAUUAACACCAUAAGCCACUCUUAUGCACAGUUCAAGUGAUUAAAAUGCUGUGCUACAGUUUAUACCCACAGAUGUUUCUUGCUUAAAACGACAUUAUGUUACUUUUUCAUGGAAAGAAAGGAAGAUUUGACUGAAUUUUCCUGAGCAAAUGUAUGUAUAGAAGAAAAAGUGUUUUUUUUUUUUUUUUCUUUCUUUUUUUCCCCUUAAUUAUGCUGUAUGGACCACAAAGCUUCUGAGCAGUGAAGCUUGAUAUCUCGGAAGCAAUGUCUUUUUUUUUUUAUUUUUUUUUUAUUUUCCUGCUCUGCACCAGGUGGAUCUACUCACUAAAGACCAUAACAUGAAUGGUCUUUUCUCUCACGAUAUGUAAUUCCACAGUUGUUGCGUCUUCUUCGUUUCUAUGGAUUUCAACCUCUAUUCGUCCUGCUGCAACAGAGCUAUACCACGUGAACGAAUUAAUCCUCUGGUGAAAGAGAUUGAAGCCCACGCUGAAUGUUCACCCAUCAGAUUCCUACACCCUGUACUGUACGCUAAGAAGACAGAUACCGAAUACCAUAUUUUUUUAGAGCUCACAUGCCAACAGAUGGAUUAAAGUGGUAGACGAGGAAAAAAUUUAUCACAGCCACAAGGUUGAGAGUUAUUAUAACACAUCUGUUUCUGCAGAAAAGUAAGAAGAUAUAAGAAAUUUUAUAAUUUUGUAUUUGAUUUGUAUGUCGUUUGGCUGCUUGUAUUUUGAAGACAUGUAAUAAAUGUAAGUAAUUUUUAUAUAAAAUGUAAAUCAAUAUUGAAUAA